AUGACCCCGACACCGACUGCAAACCCAAGCCUUACACUUAUGCACAACCAAGACGGCAAGCUAUACCUUGUCUGUGGCGGCAAUGGUUUCAUAGGUGUGGAUGUUCGCGUCGGGAACCUUUGCGACCCGUCCUUCGCUCAUAUCGUCGUCGAUGGAGUGUACUGCGUCCUUCACUUCGCGGCAAACAUGGGCGGGAUGGGCACCAUCCACGACCGCAACGACUUCGCGAUCUAUCGAGAGAACGAGAUAACGACGCUCAACCUCGUUGAAGCUUGUCUGAAAGCCGAGGUUUCGCUGUUCUUCUACGCGUCUUCUGCGUGUGUUUAUCCCGAGAAUUUGCAAUGCGAGCCAGGCUCCGAUGUCUCGCUGAGGGAGAACGACGUCUGGGCGCACGGCCGCCCCACUUCCCAAGGCCUGUAUGGUCUUCAAAAGCUCCAUGCCGAGACGUGGCUGCUCGCCAAGGCAAAGGAGUUCCCCGAAGGCGUUCGUAUCGCGCGUUUUCAUAACAUGUACGCAAGCCCAUUCUUAUUUAUGGCCGUAUCGACUCGAAGGCUGAUCUCCGAGGAUAGUUUCGGGCCCGGAGGAGCAUGGAAAGGCGGGCGCGAGAAGGCCCCUGCCGCCCUCCUCCGAAAGGCAUACGCUGCUGCCGAGGCGGGCGCAGUCGUUACCGACAUAGAAAUCUGGGGCGACGGCAGCCAAAGGCGCAGUUUCCUCUACAUCACCGACUGCUGCGAGGCUGUGAUGCGUUUGAUCGAUUCGGAAUACGCAGAGCCGCUUAACGUCGGUUCUGAGCAUUCCGUCUCGAUCAAUGAGCUAGCGAACAUCGCCAUGGGAUGCGCGGGCAUCGACCUACCCUCCCGUUUCGUACCUGAGAGGCCACUCGGGGUCGUAUCCCGCAACUCCAAUAACGACCUCAUCCGCGAGAUUUUGGGCUGGGAGCCGACAACCUCGCUCGAGGACGGGAUGCGCGAGACUGGCAAGUGGAUUGGCGGCGAGAUCGUCAAGGAAUUAUCAGGGAUGUCGGCGGCUGAACGAUCGGCGGCGCUACGAACGAUGCGGCAUAGCGAGGUCGUCGACCUCGACAAGGCGAUCACCUUCGCCAUUCUCCUCCCUAUCACGUCUCGAGGUUCCAACCCUCCUUCGCAGUGCUUGGAUAACCUGCACGACUUCGGGCGCUCGCUGAGUCGUACCUCUUGGCGCGAUGUCCAUGCCCUUGGGGGCAUGAGAUAUCGGGUCAAGAUAUAUCUCGAAAUCGAUGCAGGAGACGAGUUCUUACGCGGCUCCGGCGCUAGGAACAGAGCGGAGGUUGUGCUUCGCGAUCUUGGAUUCCGGGACGUCUUUACUUUGAUCAACGACGAACAUCCCAAAGGUCACGUCUGCGCCCUAUGGCGCGAUUGCGCCAGACAAGCGUGGAUAGACGGAUGUGAUUACAUGGUCCUGAUGGGUGACGACGUCAUCGUGGACACCGAGGGAUGGAUGAGAGAUGCGCACGCCACGAGGUGGGGAUGUUCGAAGAUGUUCGAUUGCCGCAUCCGCAACAGCGUAGGCGGAGAAGGCGAUGCUCGAUACGUUAAAGAGCACGCGCAAGGUUGGACGUUCGAGACUCUCGACGAGGGAGUUGCAGGCGCGAAGAGGUGGCUACGGGGCCGGACCCCUCCCGCUCAACGCAAGUUGACGUUGGAUAUCGUCGUCCCGUCGUACAGAGUCGACAUCGGCACCCUCAGUAAUAUUCUGGCGCUGCAGGCUUCGCCGACGUGCGCCGUGAUGUUCAUCAUCAUCGUGGAUGAUCCAGCGUCACCAGCCACAGCGGUAUUGAGGCGUAGGUUUGAACAUCGGGUCGAUGUCCGCAUACGAGUCAAUGAGUCAAACCUGGGAGCCUCCGCAUCCAGGAAUCGAGGAAUGCUGGAAUCCGCAGCUGAAUACAUUCUUUAUGUUGAUGAUGACGUCAAACCGUCGUCGGAAUUGCUGGUCGAGGUCGAGCGGAUUAUUCGCGCCCAUCCGGAUGCCCCAGGUUUCGUGGGCAACGUCAAAUUUCCGAUAGCAAAUACCGUCUUCAAGGCGGCAAUACACUUGGCGGGCGUGACUUAUUUCUGGGACAUAGCGGAGAAGAUCACAGACGAUAUUCCAUGGGGUGUUACGGCGAACCUGAUCGCGCGUCGGGUCAACGACAGCGUCCAAUACGACCUGCGCUUCCCGAAGACCGGCGGCGGGGAGGACAUCGACUUUUGUCGGAAGAAACGUCAAUGGGCGCUCGAGCGUACGCCCGAAAGUUGUCAUUUCGAGGGCUUCGUCGCAGCUCCACGUUGUGUGGUGACACAUCCAUGGUGGGGCAACGGCGAGCGCUCGUACUGGCGCUUCUACAUGUGGUCCAAGGGAGACGGCGCUCUGAUUGGCAUGUAUCCGGAGUUAACGUACUUGGCGGCCGCGCCCAACGCCGCUGAGAUGCUGCUCGUAUCUGCUAUAGUCAUCCUUGUGGGCACCGUCGUCGCGGUCGAGUCCGACAAGCCGACAUUCCUCCUCCUUGGAUUUUCCAUGGCUGCCGCCGUUAUAGCUGCGAACGUGAUCCACGACUUGUACCGUCACCUCGUCAGGGACGCAGAUCGAGUGGAACGUAUGGAUACGAGUCUUCAAGGGCUGAAGUGGGUUGCUGCCGUGAUGGAGAGCACCCUAAUUCGCAUCUGGAGCGAGACUGGUCGAAUCGUUGGACUCCUCGAGCGUUGCGAGGUCUCAUUACUUAUGCGACGCUUUGAUUGGUUCGCCGGUCGCUACGGCAGCGCUCCCAUGAUAGAUGAGAACAGGAACAGCACACAGAGGCUACUGCUAGUCGUGCUGAUAUGUUCGGUGCUGUUCGCUAGACUGGCUUAA